CAGAUGAAGGCAGCGGGAGCGUGGCUGUAGACCAGAGCUGUGUUUCUUAGACUCGUUGAAUGACUAGACUCAGAUUUAUUUUAAAGUACUUAUUGCUUCUGGCCAAGGGUCCGACUCCAGUGUUAUGGCUUGAGGCCAAUUCUGUACACUUCUGAGGAUGAACCGAUCGUUGAGUUUACGAUUAUCUCGCAGGAAUGGACAUGAUAUCUACAGCUAUGCGGUGGACGCCGGGACGAUUCCUGCCAAGGCCAAGAAGGGGAGGACGAAAGGCAAGCUGGGGAGCAGGAAAGCAAUGAGUUUGGAGGAGAAUCAGCUGGAGCUUCAGCAGCAGACCAAGAGCCUGAGCCGGCAGGUCCCGCCCAGGUCUCAGACUCUGGAAGUGGACAGUCCUUUAGAGAGAAGCGACAGUCUCAACUCAAGAAGUAGUUUCAUGAAGCACAACAAAACAUUCCACAAACUCUUCCCAGAGAUCCCGGAGACUGAGGAUCUGCUGCACGCUUACGUGUGUGCGCUGCAGAAGGAAGUGCCUUACCACGGCCGUCUGUACAUCAGCGACAGCAGCCUGUGCUUCUUCUCCUCCGUGCUGCUCAAAGACACCAAGCUGGUCGUCCCCGUCUCCAGUGUGACCGUCCUGAAGAAGCAGAACACAGCGCUGCUCGUCCCAAACGCCAUCUCUGUGCGGACCACAGACGGAGAGAAGUAUUUGUUCGUGUCUCUGAGGAACAGAGAAGGCUGUUAUAAGCUGCUGCGAGCCGUCUGUCCUCAUCUGCUGGACGGCAGUGCUAACAGCAGUCCUCUCCUGUCGUCGGCCGAGAACAGCUUCGAUCAGGCCAAGCCGGUGCAGAGCUCCAGUCAGUCCAGUCUGGACGACUCGUACGAGCUGUGUCCCCCCGUCCAGCCGUCUGCGUCUCCGCUCGCUGCAGAAAACAGCCAGAUUAAGAGCCAGCCGCAGACGCCAGACGAGAGCUCGAGCGAGGAAUACACCGGAAGCUCGUGGGUCUGGAGCGUGACGGACCGAGCGCGAUCGCUCCUCAUCCAAAGAGAAAUCAGCAACCUCAACACCCUGCUGCUCAUCUACUUGAUCCUGGUGUUUCUGCUUUUGUUGUCGUCUGGCUAUAUCGGCCUUCGUAUCGUGGCCUUAGAAGAGCAGCUGACGUCUCUUGGAGCGCUUCCCGAAUACACCUUGCAAAGCGGGUACAAAGAAACGUAAGAGAUCUCAUCCAUCAGGACUUUGGAAAGAACCACCAAAAAAACUGUUUUUAAAGAGCCACCGGCCGCUGCAGGGAAUGCUGGGAAGGACCUUUGUUUGCAUAUGCGCCAGCUCCCGAACUCUCGAACUGAACUUCUUCUCUGUGCCAAGAAAACCACCAAAGGGCAAGUGCUUACGAGAUGCUGGUGUUGACGAAACCCGGGCAUGUCUUCCCUCGCAGCCGUUCGGUUCGUGUUUGCUCUGCAGCAACUCGACCAGAACCAACCAAAGACAACCGGUUUGUCUCGGAGGACUCACAAAGGACAACAAAAACUAAUUACUUCUGUGGGAAAUCAUUUCGUUGGCUAUUACUCAUCGCAUUGACCUUUUACAACAAUCAAAAAAAACAUUUGCGAAGAACUCAUUUUGAUUUUCUUCCUAACUUGCGUAUUUUUGAUGACUGUCUUGUUCAUCAGUCUUUCGGUUUCCUCCUUCCUCUUUUAAGUUUUUUUUCGUACAAGGGUUGCGCUAUUACUGGUUUUCGGUUUAAUGGUUAAAAAAAAACUUAAGCUAGCUAAACAACGCUUACUCCUUUGUACCACUUUUACGAUCACCAAAAAUAGUCGCAAAUAAUUUUGUCAUAAGAUUUUGCGAUAUUACUGGUUUGGGUUCAACGAUAAAAAUAGCUAUGCUAGCUAGCCAACUCUUACUUAUUGAAACACCUUUGUUUGACCAUCAAAAGAUGUCGCAAAUAACCUUCAUCCAUUUUCUUUUGUCCCAAGUUACGUAUUUUUGAUGGCUUGCUUUAUCUUGGUCUUCUUUCGGUUUCAUUCUUCCUCCUUUGUUGUAUAAGGGCUUGUGAUAUUCCUGGUUUCAUUUUAACGAUAAAAAAGAGCUAAGCUAGCUAGCCAACCCAAAAUCAUAGCAGCGUCUUCAAUUGACCAUUUACGACCAUUAAAAAAAAAAAAAAAAAAAGACGAAUAUUGUUGUAUAAGGGGUUGCGAUAUUACUGGUUUUGGUUUAACGGUAAAAAAAAAAGAGCUAAGCUAGCUAGCCAGCCCUUCGUAUUAUUGUAUGUAUAGUCUAUGCACAAGAAAUGUUCAGAUCAGGUAUUUAACAAGUUUUUGUAACAUUUCUUUUGUCUUUUAAUACUCUAAAAAGGAGACGAAGUAGACGACAUGUAGGUCUUUUCGUAUUCCAAAUUUAAAAAAAAUUAAAAAAAAAAAAAAAGAUUGUAUUGUAGAAGAAGAAGAAGAAGAAGAAGAAGAAGAAGAAGAAGAAGAAGAAGAUGGAUGUGGUAUUGUUAAACGUCUGAUUUGUGGCUAUAGCCAAGCAUGCAUGUUUGCGCAAACCCAAAUGGAGCGAUUCCAUUCAGGACACAUAACGAGACAUAUAGCGAUACUUGAUGAAAAUAACAUGGUCCAAAAAAUGCAUGAUUUUGUGUGUGUGUGUGUGUGUAUGUGUGUUCAAAUGUUGCAAUAUGUUCAAGAGAUGAGACGUUUAGCAGUUCGAUUGCACUUUAUAGUGUGGGGGCGCUCUCCAGUCCUAAAGGGGGCGCUAUAUUGGGGAUCUGGGGCAUUGGAUGGUGCUAAGAACCUCUCGCUCAGGGCUGGGACUGACUUGCAAUGCAUCAUGGGAUUGCUGCACCUCAAUUUAACUGCAAAUGCUGAUGGAGUAAACAUGGAUGGACUGCAGAUUUCCUGGGAAUUUCUUGCGCGAAUGCAUGCAUGCUUUCCCUAAAAUGGAGAUCCCUUGUGAGACUGAUCCGUGUUAAAAUGGAUUUGCACAAUUCAUCCGGUCGCCGGGCCUCAAAGUCCCCUGAACAACUGUCUAAUAACCACAAUGCAAGAAUCCCAACUUUUAAUAAUUGGUUUAUAUUGCACUAUUGAAGUGUCGUUGUUUUUGUAUCAAUAUGUUGGUAAACAUCUUGUUUGGUAUAUUUAUUGCCUAAUGUGUAAUUCAAAGUGGUCUCUGUGAGACUGUUUUUGGCAUUGUUUGAAUAAAUCAACUGCUAAGGAAA